AUGGUAGCUUUGAUUCCACUCAAAUCUGCAUGUUUUGAACAAAAAAAUUUGUCUGUCCAAUCCCAACCACCUCAAUUGACUCAACGAAACAGUGAAACAUUGAGCAUAUAUAGAAAUAUAUCUUUUCAAAAUGGUUUCAAUGUCGUAACUGAAAUCACAUGGGACUCGCUAUUUUGCUCAGUCAAUCCGAAAUUUGUUGCCUUUAUCACUAAAGGUGCCGGUGGUCCGUUUAUGGUCAUCCCCGUUAACAAG